CACUCUUCCUUUGGUCAAAAAUUACAGCCGAGGAGAGAGACGGAGAGAGCACACAGCACAGUGUGCGCCACUUCUGCCCCAAAAGAUCAGUCUCUCUCUCUCUUUCUCGUCGCAUAGCAAAGCAGAGGCAUCCAUAUUUCUCUCGGACCCCAUCUGAAAAAGCCAAUCCCUUCCCUUCCCUUCCCUUCCCUUCCCUUCCCUCAAGCUACUUCAUAAAUAACAUCUCCACUACCUACACUUUCACUCCAAUUCCCAAUCUCCAUCUUCAAAUACAUACCCCAAACCUCUUCGAUUUCUCUCUGGAACUCCGACAUUGACAUCUGAUUUUGAUCCCUUGCGAAUUUCUGUUUCUGGUUCAUUUGGGUCAGCCGGAAAUGGAUCCUCCACUUGUUAAUGAAUCCUCCUUCUCCGCUGCGAAUCCUUCUGCUUACAGUUUGGCCUCGAUUUGGCCUUUUGGGGGGGAGCAGGGAGGGAGCGCAUUGGGGCUUCGAAUGGCUAAUUUGGUUCAGAAUCUUAGUGGGUUUUCUGAGAGCUCCACGAAUCGCGAUGGAUCAAUGGAAGAAUCGACAGUGACAGAGCAGAGUGGCGGUGGGAGGAAGAGGAAGGAUGUGAGCUCCGAGGAUGAAUCUUCGAGAAUGGUUUCCACUAGUAGUGCUAAUCAAUUGAGUAACUCAAAAGGUAAACGGAUGAAAGUAGUGGAAUCCAGAGAUGAAAAUGAUGGUAUAAAAGCUGAAGUAGAACCUAGCUCAGCUGAUGGUAAGAAGAUGGCCGAGCAAAGCCCAAAACCCGAACCACCAAAAGAUUACAUUCAUGUCAGAGCAAGAAGGGGCCAAGCAACUGAUAGUCAUAGUUUAGCAGAAAGAGCGAGAAGAGAGAAGAUCAGUGAGAGAAUGAAAAUUUUGCAGGACUUGGUUCCAGGUUGUAACAAGGUUAUUGGAAAAGCACUUGUCCUUGAUGAGAUAAUAAAUUACAUCCAAUCACUGCAACGUCAGGUCGAGUUCCUCUCCAUGAAGCUUGAAGCUGUGAAUUCCAGGAUGAACAUAAGCCCUGGCCUAGAAGGUUUUACUGUAAAAAAUAUUGUUAAUCAACCGUAUGAUGCAGCUGGAAUAUUAUAUGGUUCACAAGCAGCAAGAGAUUAUACCCAAGGUGCACAACCUGAAUGGUUGCAUAUGCAGAUUGGUGGAAGUUUUGAAAGAACGUCUUAGAUCUCAAUAGGCAACUUAUAAUCAAAUGUCAAAAUUGAUUUGGCUUUUCUCAUUUAGUUCAGUAGAGAUAUAUUAUAUAUAUGUUAUAUAUGUUUGAUCAUUUAGUAUCGAAUACCUGUAUUAUCCAUUCGAUAUAAUUGGAACGAUCAAUUACUUGUAUUGUCUGCAGAAACUGAACCUACUUCCAAUUUGGAACUUACCGACUGUAAUUUGUACUGCCGUUGUACUGGAGAAAAAACAUACCUAGCUUGGAUCAUUUGAGAGGCUGGGGGUGGUUUGACACCUUGCAUUUUCUUUCCUUCUUUAGAACAUGGUGUAAAAUUUUGACCGAAA